AUGCCGACCCCCGAAUCCGAGAUGUUCAAGGCUCAAAAGCCCACGGUUGCGCCAACCUUCAACGGUGUCGACUUUGACGACACCAAGGCCUACAAGGCUGCCGAAGACGCCGUUAUCCGCGAACAAUGGGUCGGCGCCAUGAUGACCAGACUUGUCGGCGAGGAAUUGAGCAAAUGCUACAUCAAGAACGGCAACAACCACUUGGAAAAGUGCGGUGACCUGCGAGAGAAAUAUCUGGAGCUUCUUGCCGCCAACAAGAUCAAGGGAACGAGAUUCUUGCAACAAAACUACUUGGAGAAGAAGGACGAGGACAUGGAUAUUGCGGCCAAGGUGCACACCUCUGAUAAGAUUGCCAAGCUGAACCAGGGAAGAUUCUCUUCAUAA